AGGGACUGAACUCUCCAUGACUGAUCACGUCACGUCAUUUUCCGCUUGUUGUUGUUAGCUUGCUAGCUCAAGAAGCUAGUCGUCCAAACAGCGCAGCAUCUGCUGGCGUACAGCAAGUCUUUGCAACAUUUAACACUUAAAGCUGCGUUAUUGCAGCAAGUUAAGUGUCUCAUUUUCCCCACCAUCAUCAUGGACGAGGAGUAUUACGGAACUGCAGGUGACUGGGAAGGCCCGGACGGUAACCUGGAGGACAGUUAUGACGAUGGAGAGAAUGAUGGGAAAAUCCAGGAGGACUGUCUGCAGAAAUUCUCCAGCAGGGAUUACAUUAUGGAGCCCGCAAUAUUCAACACACUCAAAAGAUAUUUUCAAGCAGGUGGCUCUCCUGAACACGUCAUCCAACUUCUGUCUGAAAACUACUCUGCUGUGGCUCAGACUGUUAAUCUGCUGGCUGAGUGGCUCAUCCAGAUGGGUGUAGAACCUGCUCAGGUCCAAGAGCGAGUAGAAAAUCACCUCAAGAGUCUCCUCAUAAAGCAUUUUGACCCCCAGAAGGCAGACUCUAUAUUUACUGUUGAGGGAGAGACUCCUGCUUGGCUCGAACAGAUGAUAGCUCACACAACAUGGCGAGAUCUUUUCUAUAAGCUUGCAGAAGCUCACCCCGACUGCCUGAUGCUCAACUUCACUGUAAAGCUUAUUUCGGAUGCGGGUUACCAAGGAGAGAUCACCAGUGUUUCUACAGCGUGCCAGCAGCUGGAGGUUUUCUCCCGGGUGCUGAGGACAUCUUUAGCCACGUUGCUGGACGGAGGAGAGGAAAACUUGGAGAAAAAUUUGCCAGAAUUUGCAAAAAUGGUGUGUCACGGUGAACACACAUACCUCUUUGCCCAGGCAAUGAUGUCCAUCCUGGCUCAGGAGGAGCAGGGGGGGUCAGCUGUUCGUAGGAUCAGCCAGGAGGUGCAGAAGUCUGCACACACAAGGGGUCAUGAUGCCAGUCAGAUAACCCUGGCACUCGGUACGGCAGCAGCCUACCCACGAGCCUGCCAGGCACUGGGGGCCAUGUUGUCUAAAGGUGCCCUGAAUCCAGCUGAUAUCACCGUCCUCUUCAAGAUGUUCAGCAGCAUGGACCCUCCUCCUGUAGAGCUGAUCAGAGUGCCCGCCUUUCUGGACCUGUUCAUGCAGUCGCUUUUUAAGCCUGGCUCAAAAAUUAACCAGGACCAUAAGCACAAAUAUAUUCACAUCUUAGCCUACGCUGCCAGUGUGGUUGAGACAUGGAAAAAGAAUAAGAGAGUUAACAUCAAUAAAGACGAGCUGAAGUCAACGUCCAAGGCCAUAGAGACCGUUCACAACCUGUGCUGCAAUGAGAACAAAGGAGCCACAGAGCUGGUGGCUGAACUCAGCACUUUGUACCAGUGUAUCAGGUUUCCAGUGGUUGCUAUGGGAGUUUUAAAGUGGGUGGACUGGACUGUGUCAGAGCCGCGYUACUUCCAGCUGCAAACAGACCACACCCCCGUUCAUUUAGCCUUACUGGAUGAGAUCUGCACGUGUCACCAGCUGCUGCACCCGCAGGUCCUGCAGCUUCUCAUCAAGCUCUUUGAGACGGAUCACUCUCAGCUGGACGUCAUGGAGCAGAUGGAGCUGAAGAAGACUCUGCUGGACCGAAUGGUUCAUCUUCUGAGCCGUGGCUACGUCCUGCCUGUCGUCGGCUACAUUCGUAAAUGUCUGGAGAAACUCAACACUGAUAUUUCCCUCAUUAGAUAUUUUGUCACUGAGGUGUUGGAUGUGAUCGCUCCUCCCUACACRUCAGACUUUGUUCAGCUCUUCUUGCCCAUCCUGGAGAACGACAGCAUCGCAGGAACGAUCCGCACAGAAGGAGAAAACGACCCUGUAGCCGAGUUCAUCGCUCACUGCAAGUCAAACUUCAUCAUGAUCAACUGACGUGGAAAUGUUUUUGUUGAAGAUUUCACAAAGAAGCAGCGCAGCAGAAACAGGAUCUGUGAUCUCUGAUAUUUAGUGCUUCGUUGUGAUGUUUAAACUGUUUGAAAACAGACGUCUCAGCUGCAUGUUUGGACCAAAGAGGAUGUAUUUAAUAAAGACUGGUUGAUAAAGAGG